UUCCAUCGAUUGUUUUACCUUUACGGCUGCGCCUUCACUUUUCAUUUUUUUUUUAAAAUUCAUCCUCCUGUGUCAACAAUUGUUAAGCCUAAUCCGCUAUGGCCGGUCUCGAAGAAGUUGGAAUUCCAGGGAAGGAGUUCCUUCGAGAAGCUCUGACGAACUGUUCCGAUCCUCUCCGUGCUAUUGAAGAAUUUCAGGAAGAAAAUGGCAUUUUGUUGCCGUCGCUGCGUCCGAUGUUACCGCUUUUGGACCUUCAUGGAGUUUGUAGGCUGGAAUUUCACACGUCUGUACUCGAGGAACUCAAAGAACGGUUGCUACAACAAAUCGAAAACUUAGGCAAACAUGAAGGUCGCGAAAAAGAACGGAAGCUGAAAGAAAUGCUGCAAAAGAGUUUUCCUGUCAUUCGGGUGCCGUCCUUGCGUCCAGUCGUCAUGUGCAUUCUGAAAAACAUGGAUCAUGUCGACGACAAGUACUUGAAGCAACUCGUCAGUGACAAGGUGUUAUACAAGGAAUGUGAUGUGCAGGUGAAACGUCAGAUCUGGCAAGAACACCAGAGUCUCUUCGGAGACGAAGUCCUUCCCCUUCUUGCCCAGUACGUCGGCGAAAAAGAAGCUGCACUGUGGGACACGAAAGGUGGCCCCGAAACAUCGUUUUUCAAUCCGUCACCGAAACAGCGUCGCCAGGGACAGGUCCUUCAGCAACUUCUGCUCAUGGUGGGCAAGAAUGUCGUCCUCUACGACAUGGUGCUCCAGUUCUUACGGACCCUCUUCCUGCGAACUCGAAAUGUGCACUACUGUACCCUGCGUGUGGAACUUCUCAUGGCCCUGCACGACCUGGAAGUGCAGGACAUCAUUGCAGUCGACCCGUGCCACAAGUUCACGUGGUGUCUCGAUGCCUGCAUCCGCGAGAAAAAUGUUGACACGAAGAGGUCGAGGGAGCUGCAGGGCUUUCUCGACAGCAUCAAGAGGGGACAGGAGCAGGUUUUAGGGGACCUUUCAAUGACACUGUGUGACCCAUACGCAAUCAACUUCUUGGCUCAAUCCGCAAUGAAGAUCAUCAACCAUCUCAUCAACAACGAAGGUUUGCCCAGGGACAAUCAAGUGCUGGUACUGGUGCUGAGGAUGAUGGCACUGGGCCUGCAAGCAUGGGACAUGAUCAGCGGGCAGCAGUACAAGGAACCCAAACUAGACACGCAGCUGAUGACAAAAUUCAUUCCAGCACUCAUGUCUCUCAUGGUAGAUGACCAGGUACGUGCUCUCAAUGCUAGACUCCCGCCUGAUGAUCGAGAGACUGCCAUCACCACCAUCGAACACUCUGGACCACCUCCGGAUGCAUAUCAAGCCUACAUCCAAGAGAAUGCCGUGGCUAGCGUUCUGGCCAUCUACUACACGUUUCACAUAUCACGACAGAGGGACCGCAUCGGCGUGAUGCGCGUUCUGGGCACUCUGGCGGGAGCUGAAGGGCAGCGUGCCUACCAGGACCCGUUCCUUCACACCCUGGUGGGGCACCUUCUUCCCAUGGCGGAGGAGUUCUCCCACGAGGACUUCUGCACCGUCGUCUUCGACGAGUUCUUUCUGGGAUGUCUCAGCGGCCCCAGCGGCUCAUCUACGGGGGGUGGCCCCGUGAGACACCUGCUACGUCUCUUGUGGCACGUCCAUCCUAGGCUGCCCCCCGUUCGCCUCCAGGGAUUGCUCAAGGCGCUGCAACCACUGGCACAGGCAAAUGAGGGCAUGAGGCCCACAAUGCAAGCCCUGCAAGAGAAAGCUAGAGACCUCGUGCCUGCCUCCAGUGAGCCGGAAAAUUCGGACUCUCCGUUACUGAGUGUGCCUGCUCCAGCAUCCAUGUGAGACUGUUGGCCCCUGAAUGGGACGGUUUCCCUUUUUCUGAAGGAGAUUUCAUUUACAUCUAUGGCUCAAAGUGACAAUGACGUGCAAGGAAGCAAAUGCUACACUGUAUAAUUUUGGGAGAGACAAGACAGCCGUGAGCUUCCUAAACUGUAAAACGAACGUCCUUGUUUUUUCUUUCUUGCCACACCUGAGCCCCUGCUCUUCAAAUUCGGAAAAUAUCAAAUAAUGCGCGUUUUCGAUAAUUGAUUUUCGUCUAUCAGAUGUUGAGCUGCACAAUGUGUUUGUUUUGUUUUACAUGUUAGACAGUAUGCUGUAGUGAAGCAUGAAUGUCCUAUGAUUUGAAAACUGUAAAAUAUGAUGCAGUGAAUGAACUAGAAGGACUGUCGAUGGUGGAAGUUCAACAUUUCUUCCCUCUUUCUUCUUUUUUUCUUCUUUCUAGUCUGUACAUUAUGACCCUGAAUACAGUAAAGCAGCGAUCUAAAUGACGCUUCUUACAUUGA